CGACAAUUAUCAAAGUGCUUUCUUGUUAGCUGGGACCUUGGACCAAUAAUACAAUAAUCUUACUCCCAGCUGGAACCAAUUAUAUAAUCAUACUUUCAGUUGUUAGUAAGUUUUGAGGAUCAACUUAAAUCGAGAUGGAGAUACCUGGAAAGAAACGUGACCCUGACCUUGACCUUGACAAGGGCUCCGAUGAUGCCACUGUCUACUGUCAGCGGUGUGAAGAGGACGGCAAACGCGCUUUAACCCAGGGAUUCUGUCAGACCUGUCAAGAGUACAUGUGUGAUCCCUGUAUCAAGGCCCAUAAGGAACUCAAGAGGUCCAGGAACCACGUUAUGUUGACAAAAAACAAGAUGCCUUCCUUUUACCCGUCCACCAAACAGUCAGACAUCGGCGAAACUGAAUACUGUAAAAAUCAUCCGAAGGAGAUGAUAAAGUUUUACUGCCCGACCCACGGCGAUCUUGGCUGUGGUGAGUGUGUCGUACUCCACUAUCGCAGCUGUAGAGUCGAUUACAUCGCUGACGUUGCUAAAGAUUUUGUCAUUGGAAAUGAAUUCAAAGAAGUGGAACCAUCGAUUAAACGAGCUGAAGAUCUUCUAUCUCGGUCUAUAAGUAAUGUCAAUGUGCUUUUGGUCGAGGUCGAACACCAGUCAAAGUAUGAGAUUGCCAGAUUGAGGAAGUUCCGGGAAGAAAUCAACACCUACCUGGACCGCCGCGAGAAGGAGUUGCUCGACAACAUCCAGAAAGUGAAGACCGAUAAUCAAAACGUGCUGACUUCAGUAAAGGUUGAUUGUGAGUCGGCGAAAUCGGGACUUGAGGCCAUGAGGACGGAUCUGUCUUCCGGUGACAUAUCGUUGAACCAACGGUACGUAGCGGCGAGGAGAGCACAGAGGAAUACACGGGAGAUUCUGGAUAAGAAGGAGCAGAUGACUGGUCUGAUAAAGGUCCGAAAGUAUCGGUUUACCAAGGACAAGGACACGAAACGUCUUCUGGGAUCGAGGAUGGACCUGGGAACACUGGACGUUGCGGGAAAGUUUGUUCCAGUUCCUGACUUAUCUACUUUGACAUUGAAAAUGGGGGCGGAUAUCGACGUUAAAGCGACUAAGGACCAGGUGACCUGCUAUAUCACGGGUAUAGCCCUGCUCCCUUCUGGUCUCUUACUCCUGGCUGAUGGGAGUAACAAGAAUGUCAAACUUGUAAACGACCCCGCCCGCACCGUCGCGUCCCGCCUCCAGCUGCCAGGCGAGCCCUGGGACGUGUGUGUGCUCCCUAAUGACCAGGCUGCCGUCACUCUCCCGAAUAACUCCAUGAUUCAGCUGCUGUCUACAAAGCGAGGACAGUUGACGCGUGGAAAGGAAAUAAAAGUAUCACCCAUGUGUCGUGGUAUUACGUCUUACAACAACAGAUUAUACGUUUCGUACCAAUCAAACCCGCGUAUCAAAGUGAUGACAUUGGAUGGUCAUAUCAUAAGUACAUUCCAAACAGAUGAUGGAAUACAAUUUUUCAAAGCACCAUUUUACCUGACUGUGUCAGCUUCAACACCACCGACCCUGUACGUGUCUGACUACGAUGCUCACACCGUCCUCCAGCUGUCCCUAGACGGGAAGGUCCUGCGGGAAUACCGAGACAAGCAGCUCAGACAUCCCAGGUCCGUGGUGGAGGUAGGGCCCGGCCAGCUGCUCGUGUGUGGAUUUUCCAGCAACAACGUGAUGCUGCUAACGGAGAGGGAUGUCAAGAUGACGGAAAUACUGGGAGAGAAGGACGGAGUGACCAAUCCCUACUCCAUGACCUUCUGUCCUCACACACGUGCCAUAAUUGUUGGGAUGCACUAUAAGGACGCACUGAAGGUCUUUAAUGCAAACUGACAGUUGUUUCUUUACCAGUCGUGUUUCUUUGUAAUUAAUUUUGUUUGAGCAACUGAAUAGUUAAUGCAACAACAUGUAUUGUUCAACAUGAACUUAUAGUAUUGAUUUGUUGUAAACAUGUUUUAUGAAAUUGAAUGACCAUUGCCAUGUAUGUUAAAAUGGAGAGAAUGAAUGAAUGUGGUAUCUGUAUCAGAAGUUUUAUAUUUAUCCAGAAAACGCAUCCGUGUUUAAUGUCAUGUAAAGAUAUCUAAUAAAAUUUAAGUUUA